GUUUGGCCUUGGGCGCAAAAUCAUUCCCUUUGCAUGUCGCGACCUACCUUAUCUGGAUUAGAAGCCAAGUGCAGUGCAGCAUACCUAAGGUACUGAACAGUAGGUGGAGAGGAACCGGUAUCAGCUCAAAAGCCACCGGAGACACCUGCUGCCUACCCGUCUACUUACCAGAGUAUCUCCUCAAAGUAUAUCAUCAUCAUCAUCAUCAUCAUCCAUCCCGUCCUCUACUAUUUCGUGGAUCCAGCCAGACAUGGUAGCGUAGACCACGUUUUAUCCACCUCAAAUCCACCUUGGCCUUACCAAUUCCCAACACCGCCGACGGCCUGUCACUCCAUCCAGAAUUUGGCGCCCAGUGUGCCAGGCAGGCACCCGACUUUGCGGCAGAGACACACUCUCUUUGGGCUCACUCACUCACAAACACCCACUCACUGAGGUGCUUUACGCGUUGCACUCACUACCUUACCUCGCCUUCGCCCCGUCUCUUGCAAAGCAAUUCUGCCAGGGCCAUUUAUCAACCCUGACAAUGCAAGGAGCCCAGCCACACCGUUGACAUCACUCUACCUUGCCUGCCUACUCUUCCACACUCAAAUCGCCUCACACACCAAGCUACCAGGUAAUUAUUUUCACCUUCAUCCUGGAGUGUGCUUGGUUUGCGCUCACUUGCCUCACACACUCAAUCAUAUGUUCUUGCUCACUCAUGAUAGGACUUCAGGAGGAUUCAACGCCAUCUCCGGCUGCUUCACCAGUCUUUGCCUUCCUACCGCCCCCUUCCCGUCCUUGGACCCUUCAUUUUCCGCCUCCGUCUCCGCCUUCGCCUCUCGGCUCGGCUCCCUCUCCAGUCCUUCCCGUUUCUUCGACUGAUUUUCCAACCUGAACUCAUACCCCAAACUGUUUGCUUCUCACUAAGCAGCCCUCACACUCGGAUUUUUGGACGCCACCAAUCUUGCUUUCGACAUUUUGCAGACUCACAAAACUCGGACCGGUUGCUAGUCGCAACUGAUACCUCCUCCUCCUCCUUCUUCAGCUUCACCCUACCGACUUUAUCAUGGCCGGUGCCAAGAAGAAGAAGAAGCCCGCCGCCAACCCGGCCAGAGGCUUCGCCACCACCUCCGUUGCAUCAUCCAAGCCUCGGACCGAACCCGCUGAAGGAGCCGAUGCCGCUGCUGCGGCCCGGGCUGCCACUGCCGCUCCUGAUGCUAGUUCCAAAUCGGAUGCCCCGUCAACUAAUCCUCAGUCUUCCACCAAUGGUGCUGGUGACAAAGCUGCCAAGGCGGAACUGAGCCCCGAGGAGUUUGAAAAGCAACUUGACGAGUCUGAAUUGCAGCUCAUGGUGGAAAAGUAUGCUCAAAAGACCAAGCGGGAUGCUCAACGCCAGCGCACCAGGCUUGAGACUGAUCGCCGCCUGCUCAGAGGCCAAGCCGACACUGUCAACUCGAGGAAAUGGUUGCCUCAGGAGUUGAUGGACCAGGUUCUUGAUCUGAUUCAAGCCGAGAGCCGCUUUGCAUCGUCAAGUGUAUCUACAGAGACCUCUGCGAAUGGAAAGUUGCUGCCGGAAGAGGAUAUGACCAUCAAGCUAUGGACACUUCAACAGACACUCGCUAGUGUUGGCUUUCCAGAGGAACGAGUUCAAGCUGUGAUGCGGCACAUUCUCGACAUUGCGCCCAAUAUUCCAUCUUUCACCAAGGAUAGCCUUUGGGGUCUUGAAGAAGCCCUCGACUGGCUGGCGAGAGAGUGUCCAAGUGAUGAGUUGCCUGAUUACGAGGGUCGAGGGAACAGAAGCAUUAGACAGUUAGAUACACCGGCUGAGAGCCCCUUGCCUUCGGGGGCCACAACUCCUGUACCUGAUGGACGCCAAAGGCCUGGUCAAGCAUCCAAAAGUGGCAACAAGAAGAAGGCCGUGGUGACCUGCGACAUUGACAUUGAGCCGGACGAGCUAGUUCCUGUUUAUCUCGAAACAAAGAUCAAAUUAUUUGAGCUUGAGAAAAGUCAACAAGGAAAACGAAAGCAGAACAGCAACACAUCUGAGGCAAGCGACGGGGCAGAUCUGCAAGCUGAGCUCCGCGCCAAGAUUGUGAGAAUCGAGAAGGACGUCCUGUUCGACAAGUUUGCUGCGGAGCAAGAAUGGAAGACCAAGAAGGUGGUCUUGGAGAAGGAGUUUGCAGCCGCGAAAAAGCAACAGGCCCAGGAGGAAAAGGAGAAGGAGCCGCCAAAGGCGGUCGCCGAAGCAGCUGGAUCUUCUGAUGGAGACAUCAACGACGAGGCCGAGCGUAUCGCUGCUGAGAUUUUGGCCCAGAACCACGAUGAUGACGAUGGCGGUCUUGGUGACCUCUUUGCCAAUCUGCCUGUCACCGAAGUAGACGCUACAGGCAAAUCAAGCACGGUGCUUAACGGCACAGACGGCGUCAAGAUAACCAUUCGGGAUUUCGGAAAAUGGACCGGUGUCUCCCCUAUGCGGGCUUUGGAAGAGGCCUGCAGAGCGAGGGACGCCUCCACGAGGAUCAACUACCGCCUUAUUUCAGAAGUUCCUUUUGCUAACCGUCACUCUGUCUUCAUUACCUGGGCAAAGCCCCAGGAGGUCCCAUUCGCAUCUCAGGACGAUACAGUUGACGUCGUCAACAUUCCGUCAAGCUUCAGCUUUAGCAUGAAGUCCAUCGCCACUCCCGACAAGAAACAGUCGGAAGCGUACGUCGCAACAUGGGCCUUGUUCCACAUCUUCGGCACCUCAGCAAAGGAAGAGAAGGUUGGAAUGAGGUUGCCUCAUGUAUGGCGUGAGCUAUGGGAUGAGCUUGCAGAAGCCAGAAAAAGCCAGCUGGACUCCAAGGACCGAGAGGCAAUUAGAGAGUUACGAGCUCUUGUGCGCCAAAGACAGGAUCAGGAACUGGAGGAUGGCGUCAUUCUCCCCAACGCUUUCAGGGGAAGGGCCGCUGCCCGCAAUCAGAACGACAACAAGGACGAGGCAGCUCAAGAGGCCGCCAAGCGUUUGUCCAACGGCCCUGAAUAUUAUCAAAAUAUUUGGGCUCAGAAGAUCAACACUCCUAGGUAUCAAACCAUGCUCCAAUCCCGCAUGCAGCUUCCCAUGUGGAAUUUCAAACAGCAAGUCACGGAUGCCGUGGACAGAGAGCAAGUCGUCAUUAUCUGCGGAGAGACUGGUUGUGGCAAGAGUACCCAGGUGCCGGCCUUCCUCUUGGAGCACCAGUUGGCCCAGGGUAAGCCAUGCAAGAUCUUUUGCACUGAGCCGCGUCGAAUCUCGGCCAUCUCGUUGGCUCGCAGAGUCAGUGAAGAGCUGGGCGAGGGCCGUAAUGAUCUAGGCACGCCCAGGUCAUUGGUAGGCUACUCCAUCCGUCUCGAAGCCAAUACCUCUCGCGAGACCCGGCUAGUCUUUGCGACUACAGGUAUCGUCAUGCGAAUGCUGGAAGGUUCGAAUGAUCUCCGGGAGGUCACUCAUCUGGUCCUGGACGAGGUUCACGAGAGGUCCAUUGACAGUGAUUUCUUGCUCAUCAUCUUGAAGAAGCUGAUGCUGAGACGCAAGGAUCUGAAGGUGGUUCUCAUGUCAGCCACAGUCGACGCCGAGCGUUUCUCCAACUACCUCGGCGGAGCGCCUGUUCUAACAGUUCCCGGACGUACAUUCCCCGUUCAAGUCAAGUACCUGGAGGAUGCCAUUGAAACAACCGGUUACACCGUUGGCCAGAACCCUCAAGAGAAGAUGGUUGAUCUCGACGAUGAUGCUGUUGAGGCGGAACCCGAAGGACCCAAGUCCACAGUCGGAGCUGAUCUUUCAGCCUACUCCGCCAAGACCAGGAACAGCCUUGCCCAGAUGGACGAAUAUCGAAUCGACUUUGACCUGAUUGUACAGCUGAUUGCCAAGGUCGCCUCCGCGCCCGAGUACAUCCCCUACAGCAAGGCGAUCUUAGUCUUCCUUCCGGGUAUCGCAGAAAUCCGGACCCUGAACGACCUGCUCUCCGGUGACCCUUCGUUUGCGCGUGACUGGCUCAUCUACCCGCUGCACUCCACCAUCGCGACCGAGGACCAGGAAGCUGCUUUCCUCGUGCCACCUCCCGGCGUGCGCAAGAUCGUGCUAGCAACCAACAUUGCCGAAACCGGUAUCACGAUCCCUGACGUGACCUGCGUCAUCGACACGGGUAAGCAUCGCGAGAUGAGGUUCGACGAGAGAAGACAGCUCUCCCGCCUCAUUGACACCUUCAUCUCCCGCGCCAACGCAAAGCAGCGCCGCGGGCGAGCCGGACGUGUCCAGGAGGGCCUCUGCUUCCACAUGUUUACAAAGCACCGGCACGAUGCUGUCAUGAGCGACCAGCAAACUCCCGAGAUGCUGCGGCUUUCGCUGCAAGACUUGGCGAUCCGCGUCAAGAUCUGCAAGAUCGGCGGCAUCGAGGAGACGCUGAGCGAAGCCUUGGAUCCGCCCUCGGCCAAGAACAUCCGCCGCGCUGUGGAUGCCCUCAUUGAUGUCAGAGCCUUGACGCCUGCCGAGGACCUGACGCCUCUGGGUAAUCAACUAGCCAGGUUACCUCUGGAUGUCUUCCUUGGCAAGCUCAUCUUGAUGGGUGCGAUCUUCAAAUGCUUGGAUAUGGCCAUCACAGUAGCCGCCAUCCUAUCCUCCAAAUCGCCAUUCACGGCACCAUUCGGUCAGCGAGCUCAGGCCGACCUUGUCCGCAAGGGCUUCCGCAGAGGCGAUUCAGAUCUCCUUACCGUCUACAAUGCCUACCUCGCAUGGAAGCGCGUAUGCCAAUCGAACACCGCUUCUGGUGGCAAGGACUUCCAAUUCUGUCGCAAGAAUUUCCUCAGCCAGCAGACCUUGGCCAACAUUGAAGACCUCAAGGGUCAGCUGCUAGUCUCGGUUGCAGACUCUGGCUUCCUCAUGCUGACUGACGAGGAGAGAAGAGCGCUCAAUAGAGUACGCUACGGCUCCAACUCAAGAGGAGGACGACGCAACCAGAGCUUCUUCGACAUUCCCCAACGCGUGAGCAUUAAUAGCGAAAACGAUGCCAUCACCACAGCAGUCAUCACAUGGAGCUUCUAUCCCAAACUCCUGGUGCGGGAAAGCCCGGGAGCCCGAGGCCUACGCAAUAUCAGUAACAACCAGUCAAUCAGUCUUCACCCAUCCUCUGUCAACAAGGGACACAAUGAGCUCAAGUGGCUGUCGUAUUACCACAUCAUGCAAUCGAAAAGUGUUUAUCAUGCGCAUGAGACGACGGUGGCCGACCCCUUUGCCAUUGCUCUCCUGUGUGGUGACGUCCGAGCCGACAUGUUCUCCGGUGUGCUCGUCCUCGACGGCAACCGCUGCCGCUUUGCCCUGCCCGACUGGAAGACGAUGCUCGUUAUCAAGGUCCUCCGUACCAGGCUUCGUGAGCUCCUCACUCGCUCCUUCAAGCAGCCCGGCAAACUGCCGUCGGCGCAGCACGAAAGAUGGUUGGCCAUCUGGCAAAAGAUAUUCUCGCAGGAGGCCAAUAAAGAAAGGGACAUGACUGCGAGUGUCAGCAAAACAUAGAAUGUUUGCAGCAUUCGCUUGUCCUAGGACGAUAACCGUCUAGGCGGGGGCCGUCCUUCUGUAGGGGUGAAAGGAAGCAAGCAGCCUUGUGCAUUGUCCUGUCAAGAUGUUUUUGCCCUUGUAGGCCCAGGAGAUUUUUUUGCUAGCUGAUGUCUUGUAUACAGUAGGGCGGUACAUUGUACGACGCCUAUGGCCAUGCAUCUUUUCAUCUGGGGAGUCGUUUGAAGAGUCAAAGCAGCCAAAGUUGGAUGAGAUGGCAUGUCCAUUGCUAGAUACAGUCCUUGAGGAGGCCGCGAGGCCAAGAUCGCUGGCACUGUUUCACCGAAAGCCAUUAAGGGAAGGCAGCAAGCACACUGAAAAGAGCUACAGCUGUGCCUUGUGUACGGUGGACUAUGACUGGCUACAUGUGAUUGUCAAGCCAACAACCGACGCUCGUACUUGUGUCUCGUUAGCCUCACUCAGCAAAGCACACUCUGCCUCUUGCAACAGUACAUCAGUGGAAGGUUCCAGACCACCAGGGAUGGCUUGUGCAGCAGACAGAUCAAGUAAGACGCAAGUACGGAACCUAGGCUAGCUGGGGAACAAGUCAGUCGAAUUAUUAGAUGACAGGGC